AUGAAUGCCUGGAACCUGAGCAGCCAGAUGAUCAAAUUAUCCCAACUACCUACCAUGAAGGUUUCUGUAAUGGAAGGAAUAAUGGAGGUUUUAUUUGCCUCUAAUGAUGAUGAAAUUUUGGAACUUGCAAUGUCAAUUUUAGCAGAACUGACAACAAAGGAGUUGAAUGCAAAAAUCAUAUUGAAUGCAAAUCCGAACCUUGAUGUCUUCCUAAGAUUAUUGAGAAGUAACAGCCUAUUUCUGAAUCCUGCAGCUGUGAAGACAAAGGCAAAACAGAUGAUAUCAACAGAAUGGAUUCUCCUUCUCUCAACUUACCUGACUAAUUAG